AACCAAAAAGAGCAACGUUUCGAAACAACGCAUUCGCUCGAAAAAAGAUACCUCUCAUCGUUCAACAAAACAGAUCUCAUCAGAUGUACAGUACGAGUUCUUGCUUGCGUUCGAGUUUGCUAUCAAUAGGAGCAACUCUUGCUCACAUAAAGCAGUCAACUAKAAUUCGUAUCUUUAUCCACMAUGAAUACCUUCCUUUUCUUAGUGCUCGCUCUUUUCUCUCCUUUGGUUUUGGUAGAAGCAUUUUUUGUCAACGCUCCACAACCAUGCCGUAGGAGCAGGAGCUACUUCGCUGCGGGGGAAACCGCCGAAACCGAUAGCCAGGAACAUAUUCUUGAUCAAAUGGAAGCAKCAAAGCAGAUUCUUUAUCGUGCCGCCGAAACCAAACAAGAAGAUCCGGACACCGUCGUGGAUGCCCUGUUGGACCUCGAAAAACUUUCUCGCAAGGCCAACAAGGCCGAUCCGUCGCAGUCGGAAAAUACCCUAAAGGCCUUGUCGGAGGGAGGCGUGAAUUGGCGUCUGAUCUUUACCACUGGAACGGUCGACACACAGCGAAAGCUUGGUGGAACAAAAAUUAACUAUUUUCCACUGAAAGCGACCCAAUCCUUUGACAGCACAACACAGGAGGAGUGGGUCAUCCAAAACGGAAUCGCCGUAGGAGAUCUUGAGUUGAUCAAAUUCCAGGGAGACUUUGAUUGGAACCUUUCAGAAAAAUCAGGCCUGACAAAACUAACAUUUGAUUUCACUAGCAUCCAACUCUUCAAUGGAUUUUUUGACAUUCCCCUCAAAAAGGGCCAAGCGGCCGAUCUGGGGGCCAAGUCGGGGCUUGGAUCGGCGAACAACGUCGAACUGGAAAAACAAGGAAAGCGGGCCUUUUUCAAUUGGAUCAGUGCCGACGAUCAAAUAGCCACGGCGAGAGGUGGAGGUGGGGGCCUCGCCUUGUGGAAGCGAAUUUAAUCUGUCUUACCGCUGAACAUUCAUUUBAAACAAAGAUUCAAUUUUUCCCAGGUAUCAAGAUACAACAAGCUAUCACGGCGAAUCUCAAAUGUGCUGAGUUUUAUUUUUAAAUCUGCUAUGCAGAUUGUGUGUCCUUCAUAAAGAAAUUGCAUUGCAUUUGCACGCACAUCUCAUACUACGCUGCAAUUGCGUUGACACCCACCAGUAAAAUGCACUCUUAGUACUACUACUAGUAGCUGCUUGGUUCACCUAAUAUGGAUUAAGUUUUUUUGAAGUGUUCGACACCACGAUAAGCUUAGAUAAAGAGAAUUUUUUUCG